CUCUCUCUCUCUCUCUCUCUCUUCUCUCGCAUCUCCGAAAUCUCGGCUAGUCGCGCGUUAACCACUUGCUCGAUCGCGCUGAUGAUAAUCAGUCCGCGCUGUACAAGUGCGAAAAAUGACGCGGACGUAGCCGAUCGAGUUCCAUUCGCGUUCGUUUUGAAAAAUUCGAAGUAUAACGGUUUUUAUGGGGCAUUUUAUCAACGAAACUUUAAGUGAUAUGCGGGAACAGAGGAGAGAGUGUUAAGGCUGAAGAUUUUUUAGUGUCCUUUUUUUUUUGUUGACGAGAUUAUUUUUUGUUUUACGAUGUCGUACGACGAUAAAAAGCAGCUGAACGAAGGCAGCUCGAGUAAGCCGAAGAAAUGCAUCGAGCCGGAGACUCUGAAAAAAAUCAAGUCCAUAGCUAGUCACGUUGGUCUGCUGGUGACGCUGAUGAUUUACUGCCUGAUUGGAGGACUGGUGUUUAGGAAUCUCGAAUUGCCGGCGGAAUUCGAGAAACUGAACGGUUUGAAGUCUGCGCUUUUGAAGCAACGACAGGACUUGCUGUCCUCCGUCAACGGCAGCGUCAUCACCAAUCUCACGGAUCUAGCCAAAUGGGAGGAAGCCACAUUGCGACCCUACGAACAAGCCGUCCAGGACGCAGCGCGUUCCGGCCUCUCAAUGGAGCUAGUACCGAAAAUCACAGCCACGGAAGAGGACAUACUCAAGGCGGAACCGAUAAUCGCUGAGAGAUGGAGCAUCCUUCAGGCCGUCUUUUUCGCCAGUACCAUCCUCACGACUAUAGGCUACGGAAACGUCUUCCCCUCGACGACGUCCGGCCGAGUGUUCUGCAUCAUGUUCGCCCUGGUGGGCAUACCCCUGACUUUGACUGUGAUCGCCGACUACGGUAAGCUCUUCGCCGAGGGUGUAAGCUCCGUCGCGAAGAGGAUGCGAUCGAAGCUCCCGAAGAAGUUGAUCUCGUGCGUUCCCAGCAAUCAGACUGGGAAAAAGUCGUUGGGAGCACUGGCGGCUGUGCUGCUGCUGCUCAUCUAUCUGGCAUGUGGAGCCGCGCUUUUCAUGCUCUGGGAGACCAACUGGAGCUUCUUCGAGGGGUUCUACUUCUGCUUCGUGACCAUGACGACUAUUGGAUUCGGUGACGUCGUUCCCACGAAUCCAAAGUACAUGCUCUUCUGCACUGGCUACAUCCUGGUCGGUCUCGCGCUCACCAGUACGAUAAUCGAGCUGGUGCGCCGUCAGUACGCGCACUCUUGGAAGAAACUGCAAGCUCUGAGCGGGCCCUUUGCCGAGACUCUGAGAAAGCUCGGGGAACAGGCCGGCGGUGACAUGUCCAUCUUCCAAACUGAUCUCAAACGACUAAUGAGCACCGCAAUGUCGAUGUCGCGGCGAAAGAAGAGUGGCGUUGAAAAGAGCGAUCUGAAGGAUGCCGACUGGGCGGAGGCUUUUGUAGCCGCUUAUCAGGCCAUGGAGGAGAGCAAGAAGGAUGAGCCCAAGCCGGAGCCCGAACCGUCUAGAAAGCCCAUCAUGCAGAUCAUUAUUUACGAGUCCAGCGUCUGAGUAUGCGCUGAACUUUUUCAUCAGCGCGUCGAUCACCAUAUUUUGAUAUACUGUUUCAUUUUCUAACCGGUUUUUACGAAACUCCAUUAACUGUGGCCAAAGUUACGCGAUGCCAAAGAAUGACUUUUGUUAUUAAUGACUUAAUGUAAGCUUAAGAAAAUAUUUUGAUAUACGAAACCAUGAAUAACAAACUUCAAAAUAAGAAUA